ACCCCCAAACCAACCCAAACCCCACCCCGCCCCCCCCGAGGCCAGUGGGAGAAGCGAGCGAGAGCCACUGUGAGAGCCGCGGCUGCCGGCGGAGGAAGCGCAUCUCCGCGGGAGGUUGGGGCCGGGACCCCCCCGGGAGCCCCCGCGCAGGUCAGUGCGGCCCCGGGGGGGCCCCGAGCAAGUGUCGGGGUGUUCCCGGCCCCCCCGGGCUGCGGGGAGGGCGGCUCGGGAAUUAAAAUUGAAAUGAAUGAGCGGGCGGCUUCUCGGCUGCGGGGUCUGCACAUCCCGAGUGGGGUGGGAAACCAGUUCUCUCAGUUUCAUUAACGGGGCUGCCUAAUUAAUGCUGCUUUGAUUCCGCUGCGGGGAAGGAAGACUGGCCAGCUCCUGGCAAGGGGGAUGAAAAGGGCUGACGCUCUCGCCUCUGUUUGACUUCAAGGCGUGCAGAAGCACCGCCGGCCGCGGGACGAGCAGCAUGGCGCACAGUCGGCUGCCCAACGACUCCUGGCAGAACGGCUCAGCCCCUCUCUUCACCGGCCUGGACCUCCUCCUGGAGCUGAAGCCCCUCUUCAUCCCGCUCUAUACCACGCUGGUGGCAGUGGCGUGCACGGGGAACCUCUUCCUCAUCCUCCUCAUCGCGCUCACCAAGAAGCUGCACUGCACCACCAAUUUCCUGAUCGGGAACCUGGCCGUGGCCGACUUCAUCAUGUGCCUCGCCUGCGUCCCCCUCACCGUCUCCUACGCCUUCGAGGUGCGGGGCUGGCUCUUCGGGAUUUUCAUGUGCUACUUUGUCACCUUGAUGCAGGCCACCACCGUCUUCGUCUCGGUGCUGUCCCUCACCGCCAUCGCCAUCGACCGGUACGUCGUGGUGGCAUACCCCAUUCGCAGGAGGAUAAGCCGCAGGUCCUGCAUCUGCCUCGUGGCCUGCAUUUGGUUACUCUCCAUCCUGGCCUCCGUCCCCACCUCACUGCACACCCACUACUUGGACCUCAACACCAUUGGCCACGACAUGAUCAUCUGCGAAGAGUUUUGGAAGCACGAAGAGAGAGAGCGGCUGCUGUACUCGUGCUUGAUGCUCCUCUUGUCCUACAUGCUCCCACUUUUGGCGGUAUCGGUCUCCUUCUGCGCCAUCACCUACCACUUGCGGAGGAGGAACAUCCCGGGCGCUGCCUAUCCCUGCCAAGACAAAUGGACCAAAACAAAGCAGAAGACCUUCCGGGUGCUUGCCGUCUCGGUGGUGUGCUUUGCUGUCUGCUGGCUGCCCCUCCAGGUGGUGAACUUCAUCAGAGACAUCGACGAGGAGUUCGCCAUCCUGGACAAGAGGUACGUCAACGUCAUCCAGGUCUCGUGUCACCUGAUUGCCAUGAGCUCUGCCUGCUACAACCCCUUCAUCUACGCCUCCCUCCACGACAAGUUCUGGUUCCACCUCAGCAGCUACUUCUACCGCAAGAAGAAGAGCUCCAGCAUUCUGUCCUGCAAGGCUUCUCGGUUCAAUACCUGCUCCACCCUGGCAGAUGCUCCUACCGGGGCCUCAGAUAAGAUAGCUUUGCAAACUAGAUUAUUUUAACUGAAGGACCUCAAGAGACCAGUUUUGCUUUUGGACCUGGUGUGCACUUUGCUUUAGGCUGGACAGAGGAGCUGGUGGCUCGUGGUGUUAGGUUGCUGUUCCCAGGAGAGGUCUCUUGUGCCUGGCAAGGAGAGCGAGCGCAAGGGAACAAACCGAUGGGCUUUGUGUCCUCGAGGAGCAGCUCUUCUGAGCAGCUCCAGGAUGUUCUGUUCUUUGGGGAAAACAAAACAGUGCCACAACAAACACCACAGCAGGACAAUGGCAGAGUAAUUCAGAGCAGGACGUGCAGACACACCAGAGCAGCAGUAGGUGUUUCCACCUGACCCAGUUCAACCGACAGCUGGAAAGACGUGCCAAUGAAACUGCAGUUUUUCAGCUCGUUGAAACAGAAAAACAGAUGAGUAUCCAGAUUAAAGACCAGACACGCAACGAGCCCGAGGUGCUUCUCCAUAAGCCUCAGUUUUCUGAAACUCUUCCGCACAGGCACGGCUGCAGUCUGCCUCCAUUUCUGUGCUUGCUCCGUGCGCCAAGGAGCGAUGCCCAAGCCACGUCCCUGCGAGUGCCGGGGAGGUGGGGCAGGGAAGCAGGGGCUGCCUGUGACCAGCAUGUUUCCCACUGGGCUUUUACAGACCUUAUCUCCCAUCAUGGCUGGGUAUGGAGUAUGUCCCCUAUAUCUCGUACCACGGCUGGGUAUAGGGUAAACACCCUAUAUCUCGAAGCAUGGCUUGAUAUGGAAUAUAUACCCCAUAUCUUGAACCAUGGUUGCGUGUAGAGCAUAUAACCUACAUCUCACACCAUAGCUGGCAUACACCCUAUACCACGGCUCGUGGCUGGGUAUAGUAGGUGGCCAGGGCUGUAUGUGGAGCACAAAGACAUCUUCCCGUGGUUUAUUUAGGAGGUGGGCCAGCUUCUAAGCAAGACAAACACACAUCAGGUGCAUUUAAAAAAACUCUUUGGAGAGUGUACUUCUUCAUUUUAUAGGAUAAAGAUUGUUCCUAAGCAACAGAUAGCACUUUCUGCCUCUGGAAUAACACCGGCUCCCAGGUAGCAGUUAAAUUGCCGUGCGUUUUUUCUUUUAAAUUGCAGUUCAUUGUUGAAAGGACAAUAUACAUUCAAAAAUGUGCAUUCUUCAGUCACAGGCUGUGAGAGCAUGCGGCUACUGAAAGUGGAUGGCUUCUUCUGAGCAGGGGCAACUUUCAUAACCUGCUUGACUUGCUGAAGAAGUCACCUGUGUAAGCAGACCGGGGGGUCCCAGUUUCUCCAGCCAAACCAGGCAGAUUUAUCUGGGCACAUCAGUGGAAAUAUCCCUUUUCUUCAUAGCUGAGUAGGACUCAAGGGGCUGGGGCACCCAGAAAGAUCCCAAGUGAUGUGUUUGCUGGGGAAGAUGCCUCAGCCUCUGCUCUCAGGGUGGCUUAAGAUCAUAUACAUCACGUUCAGGCUCUUUCAGUGGAGGUGGGGAGAUGCCCAACUUGGUUUUAACUUCUUGAUUUUCCAGGAGGAGCCUUUGGGGACAGCCCACAGGCGCCAGUGUCACCAUAAGCACUGAAUCUCAGGCUCACGACAGCUUCUGGCCACCCAAGGCCAUGCUGUUGUGCUCUGUGGGGCUGAGCCAUGUAUCUCCCACCGCUCUCCAUGCCUGGGGACAGGACUUCAAAGCCCGUGGGUGGCACGUCCUCACCGCCGCAUGGAAGCUCUUCAUGGCGUUGGCCACCACUCAUGCUUUCAGAGAUCAGCUUGGCAUCCCCUGGUGCAGACACAGCUUGUUGGACCCUAACAGGAUCCCUACUCCACUCCCAUUAUGCCCAGGCAUGAGCUGCUGCCUGCUCACCUUCCUCCUGAGACCUUUAUGGUGGUCCUAGAAGGACCAUAUUACCUUCUGUGGUGCAGCCAGCGGAGACGGGGACCCAUCCAAUGCAAAGUGACGCGGAUGCCUGUGACCUCCGUUGCGUGUUUGCAGAGCAGGUAGCUGUGCUUCCCGCAGCCUUCCCACGGCCACGCAGGGGCCGGAUCGCUCGUCGUGGGGGAGCAGAGCAAACCAGAAGGUGCACAGCGUGUCCUUCCCUCUAAUAAAGGCUUAAAAAGCUCA